AUGAGAGUUCUCUUUUGGAACAUAAACGGGAUCGUGCGUGAUGAAGUACAAGCUAAACUUAGAGAGUUAGUUAAGAAAUUUAAACCUGGUAUUAUUGGUAUUGCUGAACCAAGAGCGUCAGUUAAUUCAAGGUCUGUUCGUAGAUUUCGUAUUGAAGGUUUCAGUAACUCGAUUAUUCAUAACUCUACUGAUACUUGUAUUGGCAAUUUGUGGUUGAUAUGGUCUUUGAAUGUGGCUGAUCCGGUGGUGGUAAACUGCUCUAAACAGGCUAUUACUAUUGGUGUUGAUGGUGUCCAUGUUUCUCUUGUGCAUGCUAGAUCGGUGCAAAUUACUAGGCGUAGUCUUUGGAGGCAGUUGGAUAUGGGGUCUUUUCAAGUGUCGUGGCUGGAAAUUGGGGACUUUAAUUGUGUUAUUCGUAAUGAAGAGAAAAAGGGUAGUGCGGCUCCUAGAACCGCAGUAGUUAAUGAAUUCAGCGAUUGGAUGGAUGACAACAGCCUCUUUGAAGCGGAAUCUUUGGGUUGUAAAUUUACUUGGGAAGUUUCUGAUCAUUCUCCUCUUAUUGGUUAUCCAUUAAUUAAUGUGAGGCCAAGAAGAGCUCCUUUUCGUGUUCAAAAAAUGUGGUUUGGGCAUCCUGAUUUUAUGCGUAUGGUUCAUGAUAGUUGGAAGGAAACUAUUGUUAGCUCUCCGGCUUUUAUAUAUCCUCAAAAACUUAAGCGGCUUAAAAUUGCUAUGAAGUUGUGGAAUCAAGAAGUUUUCGGUAAUGUUAAUGUUAGAUUGAAACAGGCGCAACUUCGUCUUGAAAGUGCUAUUCAUCUAACUGAUGAGGAUACUUUUGAUGUGGACAAGUUGAAUUUGAUGAGGAGUGCGACAGUUGUGGUUAAUGAUAUUCCGAAGUUUAAUGGGGAUGAUUCAGUUCCAUUUAAAGAGAUUUUUAAUAUUGAUCAUAAUAGCAUUUCUAUGGCGGAUAAUGCUAAAAUGGAUCAGUUGCCUUCUAUUGAGGAAAUUCAUGCGGUUGUCUUUGAGUUGGGAGCGGAUAGUGCGCCUGGUCCAGAUGGGUUUGUUGGAUUUUUCUAUAGGCAUUGUUGGGAGAUAAUUCAGGAGGAUUUGAUUCUUGCUGCACGGCUUGGCAGUGUUUUGGAUAAUUUGAUUUCUGAGGAGCAGGUUGCGUUUAUGAAGGGUAUGAAUAUCCAUGAAAACAUUAGUCUGGCUUCGGAGAUGGUGAAUGAAACGCAGAUUAAGAGGAAGGAUGGGAAUGUUGGGUUGAAACUUGACAUCACUCAAGCCUUUGAUACGUCUGCUAGAAUUUCAGUGCUUGUCAAUGGUAGCCCGGAGGGUUUUUUCAGUAUUGAUAGAGGUGUUCGUCAGGUUGAUCCUUUGUCGCCUUUUAUCUUUGUGUUGAUUGAGGAUGUUUUAAGAAGGAAUAUCACGAAACUGUUUCGUGAGGGCUUCAUGACUCAUAUGGUUGGUAUAAAAGGUAACAUGAAGAGUUUGAGAAAUCUGGUAGAUUUUUUGGGUUUAUAUCAACGUGCUUCGGGUCAAACAGUUAGUCGAGAAAAGAGUAAAAUCUAUUAUGGUGGUGGUUCUUUAAAUAGAAGAGCUACUAUUUAUGCUUUUCUGGGAAUGCCUAUUUCUGUUUUUCCGCAUAGGUAUUUAGGGGUUAAGGUUAUGCCUGGUGCCGUUAAAUACCAUCAUGUAGCCAAUGUUGUUGAGAAUAUUAAGGAGCAAUUAUCGGGUUGGAAGGGAAGGAAGCUUUCUUUUCAAGAUAGAGUGGUGUUGGUGAAAUCUGUGAUAUCUGGGGAUUCUAAGGUGAGUAGAUCUUUUGUUCUGGCUUAUGACAAAAUUUGUGCUCCUUAUGAAGAGGGUGGUUUGGGUUUAACACAAUUAGGUGUUAUGAAUAAGGCUCUUCUUAUGGGUCUUUGGUGGAAAAUCCGAAACUCUAAGAAAAUCUGGGCACGUUUCCUUCGGGCUAGAUUCUUUAAGAGAAAUGGUAACUUGGUGCACUAUAUUAAAUCUUCCAUUUUUCCAGGGAUAAAAUGUGUUUAUUCUUUGGUGGAGGAUAAUUCCAAGGUGUUGAUUGGUGAUGGCCGUCGCACAUCUCUAUACUAUGACGUGUGGGUGGGUGAUAUAGCUGUUGCGGAUAUUUUAGAGGAUUUUACUCUUGAAAAGUCUGUUUUGGUGAGUGAUAUGCUUUCAAAUAGUAACUGGAAUCUUAGUGAAGAGUGUCGUAAUACAAUCCUUGCUGCAGGUAUAGAAGAAGAUGAUCUGCCAGUCCCAUUAAGUGGUGUUGAUUGUAAUGUUUGGAAGCCAUGUCAGUCUGGCAAAUUUUCUGUUAAAUCUGCCAAGAAUUUGAUUCGUAGGAGGUAUGAAAAUCUGGAGGGUGUGAAUUUGAUUUGGAGGAAGGCUAUUCAUCCAGUUCUGGCAGCGCGUAACUGUUUGCGCAGAGGGCUUGGAACUGAGUGGUAUGAUCAAGGAGCUAUAGCUUCUUGCAAAUCUUGUGGUUCGGUCAGAGCUAUGGCAUACGAGAAACCGGUGGCGCAUAGGAGUGUUAAGGUGACAACACCGAUUGAGUACAGGUGGAUUCCUCCGGCUAUAGAUGAGCUGUUACUAUGCUGCGAUGGAGAUGUUCGUGGGAAUCCAGGAAUUUCCGGAGCUGGAGUUGUUGCAAGAGAUCAUGGUACAAAUGUUAUUGGUGUUAUGAGUGUAGGUUUGGGUAUCACUACUAAUUACCUGGCCGAGCUUUUGGGUAUUAUUUCAGGUUUGGAAUGGGCUAGACAAUGGGGUUAUGUGAAUAUUUGUAUUCGUUCUGAGUCGAUGAGUGCAGUCACCACUUUUUCAUCUUCUACUAUUCCGUGGUUCUUUAGACAACGUUGGAGUGCAGUUUCCUCUCAUUACGAGGUUAUAAGAUUUGAACACACCUAUAGGGAGGCUAACUUUGCUGCGGAUAAUAUGGCUAAAAGAGGUUGUAGUCUACCUAAUGAAGAGAUUACACAUUUUAUGGGCGACCUGAUUUCUUAA